AAUACUUAUAUAUUCCGUGCGACAUUAUGAAAAUUUUUUCUGAAGAAGAACAUUAUCGCAUAGUAAUAAAUUCCGGUAUUAAAUCCGGUAUCAUAGCAUUAGCUAUUUCAAUUCCUUGUGCUUUUAUUUUAAAUAAUAAAUGGGCGAAAUUCAGGCAACUAACAUUUCCAAUAAAAUCAUUUUUUGUUUCUAGUAUAGCAACAACAGCACUUGUAGUAUCUUCAGAUAAUGCGUCAAGAAACUACCUGAAAAGUAAAUACAGUUCUUCCAAUCCGGUUAAAACUAUCGAAAAUUCCAACACACAGAGUAUUCUCUUUAAAUGGUGUUCAGAAAACAAAUGGAAAAUUAUAGGCGGGUCAUGGGUAUUGGGAAUGAUUGGAUUUAUGUCAUUACUUUGGAGAGAUAAAUAUCUUACUAAAACUCAAAAAUUGGUUCAAGCUAGAAUAUAUUCCCAGGCAAUUACUCUUGUAGUACUUUUAAUAUCUGCUGGAUUAUCAAUGAAUCAUGAUCGGUUUUUUGGUUCUAAUAAAGACUUUAAGAAUACUAACGACGAUAAUAAAUAAAAACCUAGUUAAAUAUACAUUAAUAGCAAAA